AUGCCAGCUCCUUUCCAAUACAAACAACCAGAACACAGAUUGACCUUGAUUCCAGGUCCAAUUGAGUUUAGUGACGAUGUUCUUGCAUCAAUGGCUAUCCCCUCUCAAGCUCAUACAUCGCCUGACUUCAUCUACACUUUUCAAUACGUGCUUCAAAACUUGCGCAAGUUGUUUAAAUCAACCGAUUCCAACAGUCAAGGUUAUGUAUUGAGUGGAUCAGGUACUUUGGGUUGGGAUGUUGCUGCUACAAACAUUAUUGAACCCGGUGAAAAAGUACUUGUUUUGUCUACUGGGUUCUUUUCUGACUCAUUUGCUGAAUGUUUGAAAGUCUAUGGUGCAAAUGUCGACGUUAUCACUGCUGAGAUUGGCGAUGUUGUUCCAUUGGACAAGAUUAAAGAACAAUUGAAAAAGGAGAAAUAUUCUGCUAUUACCAUAACUCAUGUUGAUACCUCCACGUCAGUUGUUAGUGAUGUUGAAGCUAUCAGCAAAGUUGUCAAGGAAGUAUCACCAGAAACAUUGAUUAUUGUUGAUGGUGUUUGUUCAGUUGGGGUUGAAGAUGUUGAGUUUGACAAAUGGGGAUUGGAUUUCGUUUUAACUGCUUCUCAAAAGGCCAUUGGUGUUCCAGCUGGAUUAUCGAUCUUUUACACCAGUGAAAGAGCAUUGUCUAAAGCCUUAAACAAGGAGAAGGACACUACAUUCUUUGCUAGUUUGAAGAGAUGGACACCAAUAAUGAAGGCUUAUGAAAGUGGUUCAGGUGCUUACUUUGCCACCCCUGCAGUGCAAACCAUUACCGCUUUGAAAACAUCCUUAGAGGAAAUCUUUGCUGAAGGAUUGGACAAGAGAUUAGCCGUCCAAGCUAAAAAAUCCGAUGAAUUUAAAGCUAAAGUUAAUGAAUUGGGAUUGACAAUCUUGCCCAAGAAUGACAAAGUUGCUGCUCAUGGAUUAACCGCCGUUUACUUCCCCGAAGGUAUCAAUGGACCUGAUUUGUUGAAGAAGUUGGGUGAAAAGGGUUAUACAGUUGCUGGUGGUAUCCACAAAAAGUUAGUCGGUAAGUACUUCCGUGUUGGCCACAUGGGUUACUCCGUUUAUGCUGGUCAUAUUGAUAGUUUUGAAAAGGCUUUGGAAGAAAGUUUGAAGGAAUUGAAGCAAUAA